AUGUUUGAAUUACCAGCUCUGAAUUGUCGUUUCCAAAUGAUGUCAAGACAUUUAAAGCAGUUAAGUGGAGCUGCUCCAUAUGUGUUUCGUAGAUGUUUCUCGACAACUUUACCACCAUUGGCUGGCUACCAUCAUAUCACAGCCUCAUUUCUCUCUUCUUCCCAAGGAGGAGCAAAGACAGCUAACUGUUCAUCUGACAAACACCUUUUAAGUCACCAAAAUGUGUUGUAUAGGUAUAAAUCACAGCAGGGAUUCAGCAGUUUUUCCCCAGCCAAGUUGAUCUUGGAGGCAUCCCCUGCAUCACUUCAGCCUUAUCUCAGACUGAUCAGAUUUGACAAGCCAAUAGGCACCUGGCUGCUCUACUGGCCAUGCACCUGGAGUAUCGCCCUUGCCGCACAACCAGGAUGCUUGCCAGAUUUGAAAAUGUUGGCUCUGUUUGGGGCUGGGGCAUUUUUCAUGCGAGGUGCUGGUUGUAUUAUCAAUGAUAUGUGGGACAAGGACUAUGACAGCAAAGUUGCAAGAACCAAGACCAGGCCUCUAGCAGCAGGGGAGAUCACCCAGUUUCAAGCACUGGUUUGCCUGAGUACCCAGUUGUCCUGUGCUUUGGCCGUUCUUUUACAGCUUAACACAUACAGCAUAAUUCUCGGUGCUGCAUCGCUGGGCAUUGUCAUUGUAUAUCCUUUGUUUAAACGUAUCACCUAUUGGCCACAAAUCAUUCUGGGCUUUGCUUUCAACUAUGGUGCUCUGUUAGGGUGGUCGGCAGUGACUGGUUCCGUUGAUUGGCUGGUGUGCCUGCCUUUGUAUUGUUCGUCUAUCAUGUGGACCUUAGUUUAUGACACAAUAUAUGCACAUCAGGACAAGACUGAUGACAUGAUCGUCGGAGUCAAGUCUGCAGCCAUCUUCCUGGGUGAUCGCACCAAGCCAUGUUUGUCUGUGUUUGCUGCUGGCAUGACCGGAGGCCUAGCAUUGACAGGCUAUCUGUGCCACAUGCCCUGGCCAUACUAUUUGGUUGUUGGUGGUGCAGCAGCCAGGAUUGCCUAUCAGCUGUACACUGUUGAUCUUAACAACCCAGAUGACUGUGGGGGAGCGUUCCGUGCACAGUUUUAUCUUGGGGCCCUAGUUUUUGCUGGGAUUGUGGUGGCAAACUUGAUGCGGUCACCGGAACAACGUGAAUCAGGACAAGAUGGGUCACCAGCUGUACAGCUUCAGUCAGGACAAGAUGGGUCACCAGCAGAGCAACUUCAGUAG